AUGGCCGACAGGAUGCAGACAGUGGUACAGUGUGAGAAUGGCUGGGAUGUGAGUUACACUUCUACUGAGAUCUGUGCCGUCAGAGGAUCAACAGUGGACAUUAACUGUACCUACACAUACCCAUCCACAGUUAAUUACCUUGAUACUAGAGUUCAGGAAGCUUUCUGGUUCAUUCAAGUUAGUAAUAGGAUUUACGUUGAUCUAAGGACUGAUCCUGAGUAUUCAGGUCGUGUGGAGUAUCUCUGUGGAAACAACAAGUGCACUCUGAGAAUCUCUAACUUGAGAGAGAGCGACUCAGCUGUGUACAAGUUCAGGUUCAAAACAAACCAACCUGGAGGGACUUUUACUGGUUAUGCUGGAGUCACUCUGUCUGUCACAGAGCUCAGGUGUCAGAGCAGUUGUCGUCUUCCUGAUCAUCUGAACUACGUCUGGUACAAGAAUCAACAGAAGAAGAAGGAAGGAGCAUCUUAUUCAGAUUAUUUCUCUCCUGCAGACAGAGUUACCUGUGCUGUUAAAGGACACGAGGAUUUCCGCUCUCCGUCAAUGAUGGUAAAGAGUCCGAAUGGCUGGGAUGUGAGUUACACUUCUACUGAGAUCUGUGCCUUCAGAGGAUCAACAGUGGACAUUACCUGUACCUACACAUACCCAUCCAGGUUGAAUCACCUUGAUACUACAGUUCAGGAAACUUUCUGGUUCAUUAAAGAGAGUAAUGGGAUUCACGAUGAUCUAAGGAUUGAUCCGGAGUAUUCAGGUCGUGUGGAGAAUCUCUGUGGAAACAACAAGUGCACUUUGAGAAUCUCUAACCUGAGAGAGAGCGACUCAGCUGUGUACAAGUUCAGGUUCACAACAAACCAACCUACUGGGAGCUUUACUGGUUCAGCUGGAGUCACUCUGUCUGUCACAGACCCUCAGCUCCAGGUACAUGUGAGGAGAUCAACAGCCAAUCCAUCUUCUACCUGGACAGAGCUGACCUGUCACAGCAGGUGUCAGCUCCCUGAUCAUCUUUCCUACGUUUGGUACAAUAACAAUAAACCUGUUGGACAAAAAAAAUACCUUCACCUCCGGCACUUUGAUGCUGAAGACAGCUAUCACUGUGCUGUAGAAGGACACGAGCAUUUCCCUUCUUCUGCAUUGUACGCUCCAAAGCCUCCCUCUGUGUCAGUGAGUCCCUCUGGUGAGAUCAUGGAGGGCAGCUCGGUGACUCUGACCUGCAGCAGUGAUGCUAACCCAGCAGCUCACUACACCUGGUACAAGAGAAGUGGAGAUAAACAAGUUCAAAGAAAAUCAUCAGGACAAAACUUCACCAUCACUGAUAUCACAGCUGAACAUGGUGGAAAGUAUCAGUGUGAGGCCCAGAACACACACGGACGUAGUAACACCACCUUACAUCUGACUGUUGGAGCAGGUGCUUGGAAAUCAGCAGUGACUGGAACAACCACAGCUCUUCUCCUGGUGGUCGUCCUCCUCGCUGUCUUCCUGUGGAUCAGAAGAAACAAGUCCUUCACACAACAGCGUGAGUGCGGUGAGAGACCAGAAGACAGAGCGCAGAUUCCAGCUGCGGCACACACACGACCAGCAGAGCCUCACGAUGACGUCCACUACGCCAGCGUCUGCUUCACCCAGAACCCGGCAGACGCCAUCUACUGCAACAUAGGUCGAGUUCAACCCCAGAGAGAAACUGAGGAAGACGAGGAGGAGGAGGCUGAGUACAGCGCUGUUCGAUUUGACAGUGCAACAGGUGGUAAGGAGUCAGAAUGGCUGGAGUAUGCUCCAAAGUCUCCCUCUGUGUCAGUGAGUCCCUCUGGUGAGAUCAUGGAGGGCAGCUCUGUGACUCUGACCUGCAGCAGUGAUGCUAACCCAGCAGCUAAAUACACCUGGUACAAGAGAAGUGGAGAUAAACAAGUUCAACGUCUCAGUGAAGAGACACAAUUUGUCCUCAGCUCCAUCCGGUCGUCAGACUCUGGAGAGUAUUACUGCACAGCUGAGAAUGAGCUGGGGAAGACGGCGUCUGAACGAGUCUUAAUAAAUGUGAAAUAUGCUCCACAGUCCUCCUCUGUGUCAGUGAGUCCCUCUGGUGAGAUCAUGGAGGGCAGCUCGGUGACUCUGACCUGCAGCAGUGAUGCUAACCCAGCAGCUAACUACACCUGGUACAAGGAGAACCGAGCUCUGCUUCAUGGACCAGAGAACGUUUAUCAUCUCUCCUCCAUCAGCUCUGGGGACAGCGGGGUCUACUCCUGCAAGUCAGAGAAUCAGUACGGACGGAUCAACUCCACGUCUCUACACUUAGACGUCCAGUACGCUCCAAAGCCUCCCUCUGUGUCAGUGAGUUCCUCUGGUGAGAUCAUGGAGGGCAGCUCGGUGACUCUGACCUGCAGCAGUGAUGCUAACCCAGCAGCUAACUACACCUGGUACAAGGAGGACGAGGACUCACCAACAGCAUCAGGACAAAACUUCACCAUCACUAAUAUCACAGCUGAACAUGGUGGAAAGUAUCAGUGUGAGGCCCAGAACACACAAGGACGUAGUAACACCACCUUACAUCUGACUGUUGGAGCAGCAUGGAGAUCAGCACUCAUUGGAUCAGCUGCUUCAGUUUUCCUCGCUGUGACUCUCCUCUCUGUGUUCCUACUGAUCAGGGCGCGGUGCAUCAGCGAGACGGAGAGUUGUGUACUCGUUGCUGGUCGGAACAAGACUGAGAGAAAGAAGGAAGUUAAGGGGGUGUGGCCUAUCCCCCUUCCUUCUCGCUCCUUCUCGUUUCUGUGA